CUGCAUCUUGUCAAGGUCAUACUAAUAGGCAACAUUUUAAAAACUGUUCUCGUGCCUAGAUAUUAAAGUAAAUUUUCUACUAUCAGGCCGUUCUAUUUCAUGGUUAUUAUCCCCGAUAUAUGAACCCAAAGUAUUCACAUUGAAUUUUGUUCGAAGGAAUGGCUUUUGUAUAAUCCAAGAAGGUUCUUAUUACAGAUUAUGAAAUGUGCGUUUCAUAUUCAGUAAUGGGCACUCUUGCACAUGUGUCUCUGCAAGUACCUGCAGAGCAGCGUUUUUUCAAACGUUACUGGUGUUUGUUAUAUCAUUGAAGCCGUUUUUAGGUGCUGAUGUAUGUCCGCAAGGAGCAGGCAGACAGACAUGUCGGAAAUAUGAUGUUGGCGAACCAGUUGACACCUUUGAGCCGUAAACGAGCUCCCAUUGCAUUAGAAAAAUCUGCAUCAGAGAUUACCUGGAAGAGGAGCUCUUAUUCCCCAAAACUAUCCUGUCUCAAAGUGGUUACCUGACACGUUUUGUCGGAAAGAACAUGAAACCUAAACCAAAAAGACAAGAAUGCGAUUGAGCGCCGAAGAAAACGCUCUAUAUGAGUCUGAAUUUCAGUGAGGAUUUGGCAGUUUAUAUCCCGGAGAGGGGAAUAUCGAGCCUAAGAGACCUUCCCUGCAGCAACACUAAGAGCGACAUUCUAGCCGUCCAUUACUUCGAAACAGUGCUAAGGACAAACUCUCGCACAUGACCAAUUCAAUGUGCAUAUAUCAGUUCACCUGCUCAUGCGGAGCUAGGUACAUAAGUCGUUGUAUGCGUGUCCUUUCAAAACAUUACCCAACAAAAAGGAGGCCCCGGUUCAAUCAGAAGUGCCAUUAUUGAGCAUCAUAUCAACAUCCCACAUCUCAGCUGAUUCGUUUAAAUUAAUAUACCAAGUUAACACAAACUGCCAAAAGCAGUAUAUUUUCGACUUCUCUGUACUGCAAUAUCCAUGGAAAUGCCGGGGCUGUGUUCAAAAGAAAUUAGUCCAACAUCUACAACUACCAUGGACCUAGUUCGGUAUGUUCCUUUAGCCUCCGUUUCUUGUUCUAUUUUGAUUUUUUUUCUUUCUCCGUGUGUGCGAUUCUUAUUUUCUCUGUCUUCAUUCAAUUCAUCCAAUUUUUUCAGUUAUUAGAACAUUUUUAAGUUUGUUUCCAUGUUUUUCCUGUUCACAUUUAUAAUUCGUUUAAAAUGACUAUUUUACAAUUAUAUCUUAAUCCUGUGCAAUUUUUGUGUGUCUAAGGCUCUUGUAAUCUAUAUUCACACCUCAUAACUUCCAUUUCAAGUUGAAAAUUAUCUCAAUUUUGUUUCCAUGCUCAUUUUUAUUUACACCUGUAAUUCACUAUAAUCCCGUGUAAUUUUGUCUCUAAGCUUCUCGUUAACCAUAUCUAGUUGAAAAUAAUUGUCACCUUUUAUUGGCCUUCGUUAUUAUGUGGAAUCAAACAAGAAUUGUAUGCAUGUAAAAUUAUGUAUUUAAAUGCGAUUGUACAGAUUUUGAAAAUGAAAUCACCGAAAAGAUAACCAUCCUUGUUGAACUUUGUGUCCUCUUUCUAAUGUCCUAAUACGUGUUUUCCACAACCAGCUGAUUCACACAAGUGUAACUACAUUCAGUUUCAGAAUUAUGACCUGAUGAUAGAAGGCGCGAAUUCUGCGUUAAUCCUUUUCUAGUAAGUCCCUGUACUUUUCUAUGACCUUGAGUUAUUCAGUUGAUGGCUGUGACACCCCUUCUUCUAGGAAUCUGUUCCUGGAGUUUAUGACUUGUUGUGAGAAUCGGUAUUCCACAGCAAUAUAGUUCCUUCUCGGAUAUUUAACUCUCCUGGUAUGUCGUCCGAGGUGUUCCGUCCUAGCGGGAAGGAAAAAAAAUAGCAGAUUAGAUCCGUAGUCAUUGCUUAAAUUUUUGAACAUUGUAGUGUCAUUACCUCUGCUUACGAUAUGACAAGUUGAAGAAAUUCAUAUUGUUUGGUCUUUCAUUGUAUGAUAAAUUGACCAUUCUGAGAAUCACACCUGUUGCCUCCCUCUAAACGCUUUCUAGAAUAUAUAAAUCCCUCUUAAGAUUAGGACUGUCUGCCUAGAUACAUUCUUCCAGUCUUUACCUCAUCAGAGAUGUAUCUGAAAUGAACAUAUCUGUAGUAGUUUUAGUAAACACUCCGCGUAUAACAUGAAGAUCUGAAACUUCAAGUGACCAUCGCGCGAUGGUGUGCUGUAGCAUUUUAAUUUGUAACUUAUUAUGACGCCCAUUGGGUACGGGUCCGUAUGAGUGAACUGGUUCUAGCUCAGCUAGUCAGCUCUAGUUCGUAUGAGCUGACUCUUGCGUGUCUGAUGCGCAUAGUUGCGCACUUCGUUGCAUUGAUCGAGUCUCCAUUCUUUGGACUAAUCUAAUAAUUUGUUGAGACCUUGUGACACAAGCAUGUCAUUUUCGUCCUUUAGCUCCCUCCAAAUUUUUAAGUCAUCUUCGCGGAGGACCAUAGCGGAUUUGGUGAGUAUAAAAGAUAAAUAAGAGGAGCCCGAUUACGGUGCCACUCCACUGUGUACUGCUGUCUGGAAGGAGAGUUUUGAGUUGAUCCUGACUCUAUCUCCUAAUUAUGAGGAAAUCCCUAAUUCAGUCCAGUAAGCUGCUCGUGAUCACGGAAGUUUCCAAUUGCAUGAACAGUUUUGUAUGAAAUACUUUGUCGAAGGCUUUGCUAAAGUCUAUGAAACGAUGUAGAUAGAUUUUUCGCGACACCUUGGCCCUGGUCCCUCUUUCUGUGAGGUUUAUCAGGUAAUUGAAUUUUCGCCGGAUGCCAUACUGUGCUCUGGACAACAAGUUGUUGUUUUCCAGAUAUGCCAUAAUAUCUUUCUUGAUGACUCUCUGCAGAAUAUUGAUGGUCUUGGUAAGACUGCUGGACCUGCAGUUUGAGGGGAAGUGUCUGGAUCCUCCUAUACGGUUUUUUCAGUCACGUAACAUUCCAUUCAUGAGAGACAGCUUGAAGAUCAUAAUAAGUGGGCCAGCUAUGUGCUCUGACAGAUCCUUGAGAAGCGAAGGAUGAAGAUCAUCGUGUUCCAUUGACUUCCUUGCACCUAGUUUCUUUAGAGUAUGAAGUACGAUAUUUUGGUGUGUAUUCCUUUGAUGCGGCCAGCGCUGCUGCUAUAGGAGGUAACAACACAUGCGUAAAGACUUUUGAGAGGUAGUCUGCCAUUGCUUCCGCUUUUUUCAUGGUCUUUUUCGAUUGUGUCGUCACCAAUAGUUAGGUUUUAAAUCCCGUUGAAUGUCUUAUUCCCGGGGGUUAAUGUACGAAAAAAUCCUCUUGGGUUGUGCCGUUGUAUUUAGAGCUAGAUGCAUCUCGAACUUCAUCCCUGAUUGACGAAUUCCAGCAAUAGCUUCGUUCUUGAUGAUGUUAUGCAACUUUAUAGCCUUAAAAAUACCAAGUGUGAUAAACAUCCUCCAACAUUUACUCUUGCGAAUCUUUCAGUUUAUUCAUGGGGAACAAUUUUUUUGACUCUAGGACAGACCAAAGGAUAAAGGGUUGGAUUGCCCACUCCCUGAUCAGUGAAAGCCCUAUGGGGAGCACGACAAAGUCAAACUUCUGACACACUGUAGUAACUUCAGGGUAUACCUCGGGUGCACAGCAGAAGGUUGGGUCCCACUUUAAACAUACUACAGAGACUUAAAGACAAACGUUAGCUCCACCAGGUUACCGUAGCCCUAAUCUGCCCCUAACCUUACCCUUUCCAAAAUGUAACGUGAAACUUAUCAGAUACCCCAUUUAGUAUCAUAACACUUCAUUAAGCACAUUUUUUCAUGAAUACAAUGUCAUUCACCUACUUUCGGUAACUUGCUGAUUAAGCGUUCUAAGGUCAUCAGUGCGUUCUCUCCUCUUCGGCGCUUAAAGUUUAACUUCUCUGGGAAUGCUUGGAAUUCAAAAUGCUACAACCAUACAGUACUCAUAUUUCCAAUGGAAAAAGCCUUGUCUCAAAAUUUCAGCUUUAUAAGAUUUCAAUAAACAUACCUGUGUAGUCAAUUUUUGUCAGAAUCUUUUCUGCUUCACUUCUGCAAACUUCAACUUUAUUUGCAAUGUCAAAUUUCUGAGUUCGUUACUAUUAAUCUUUACUAGCCUCAUGUUACAUAGGUGACAGAUUGAGAUCAUCAUAAAUGCUAUUCAGGUUGAUUAUCGGUUAAACAAGCCAACAUAGAAACUAGCAUAACUGCUUUCAUUUUUCAGUUUAUUUGUUUGGAAGAUAUCCACUACUUUUCAUGUUAUAGAUUCUGAAAAUUCUCACUAACCUCUGCCUAGUUAUUCUUUUUCGCAUAUAUUUCCGUCGAUUGUGGUUUCUCUUCAACCUUUCUCCCAUGUUUGUGCGAUCUAGCGAAGUUUAACACUGUUUUGUGAAUUUCUUAGUUGAGAAUUCAGUCUUAGGUAACAUUUUAGUCUUCCUAGUAAUCCAAGGAGUCAAAGAAAAAAAGAAAGCAAAAGUUUCCUGUAUUUGUAAUUUCUUUUGGUAAUGGGUGGCAGUAAACAUCUAAAUCAGCUUUUAAGGUGGAUUUUCUAUCAUGUGAAGCCAACCACUGAUUCUGUUGAUACAUUAUUAUGGCUUCCUAAUCCUUUCUUGUUAUUACAAAACCAGGAUUUAAAAGUUUUUUUUCUUUGCUUUGUAUUUUAUUUUCCUUUCACGUUCCCCAGUGGAACAUAGGGCUUCAAGCUAGUGGCUGGGGUUGCUAGCCUCAUGCCCAACCUUUCCGCUCUACCAGUCUCACUACUGGCUUAGCGAAGUAAAGAGAGUGCGUCGGUAGCCGGGGAUCGAACCCCGGACCAUGUUCAUGGUCAGCGACGCACUUUGCAUUUUAUUCGACUACUACUGUGCGUCGGUGGCACAGUGGUUAGGACUCUCGCCGACCAUGCACAUGGUCCGGGGUUCGAGCCCACGCCGGCGCACGCCUGAUAUCUAUGGUCGGCCUGCAAAAUUUGGGCUACCGAUAUCCAUGCUGAAAAUUCCAUACUUGUACCAAAAAUACAGUGUGGAAUCAAGCUGUAAAUCAAAAAAAAAAAUAUACGCAACGAAGUCGUCUACCAGAUAUAAGCAAUUGGUUCUGGAUACGGCUGUUACUUUUUAGUAGGUCUUUAUGAAAUUCAUUCAUUUGGAUUUAAAUCAUGUUUUCCAUACCAAUUUCUGCGUUUUAUAUUUUAACGAUCCCUUAAGUAUCAGUUAUGCAUACCAUCAUUCCUUUAUAGAAGUUCACCACCUUGCACUUCAAAUCCUAUUGAGAUCAACUAACCUGAUUUAAAGUGUUACCGCUUUUCCAACUGUAGUUAUCUCAUCGUCUUCGAUGACACAACGAAGUUUCGCUUUGCCAUCCAACCUUUAUCCUGUAUCUGAUUUAGUGGCGAAGCCAGUUACAUGUCCCAAACCACGACCAAGCAUCUUGCUCAGUAAAUCUGCUCCCAGUAGAAAACAGAAAUGUUCCCUACCUUUAGAACCAAAUUGUUCGGGCAGUACGACGGCUACUAAACGAUCUAGUGUAUCAUUGCGUGGAGCUACACAUAUCUCAGUUACACGAUGUUCCGCUGCGUCAUCGAAAGCAACUGUUGUGUCAUCCCUCCCUAAUAAGUUGAAUAUUCAUUUUCAACCAAAAUCUAUAGAAUCAACUUCUACUAAUUUGACUUUAGAAGAGUCGUUUCAAGGAUUGUCUACACCUAAUGGGAGUGCAAAUACAGUACGUAUCCAGCUGGGAUCAAAUAGUCAGAUCGACCGAAAUAUAAGAAACCCAUCAUCUAGUGUACCUCGUGUACUACCAAUGUAUCAAGUUCCAUGUGAAGUGUGCGGUACCAGUAUUUCAAAUGAAACAAGUGUUCAGCGUUCACAUAUUGACUAUCGUCAUACAAGCGAAUAUCUAAAAAGACUUCCAAGUCUCCCCUGUCAAAUAUGUGGUCAGUUAUUUUGGACGAAGCGUGGAUUAUCCAUUCAUCAAGGUACCAAAUGUGGGAUUUGCGGUGAAACUAAACUGUGCAGUUCAACUUAUUAUGUCCACAAAAUCACCAAGCACCCUGCUAAUCACCAGUACUGGUGUCCAUUAUGCCCCUAUGCAUGUCAGCGGGCGAUUUCACUGUGGAAACAUUAUUCCAGAAAUCAUGAAAGUGGUGGUGGUGGUGGUAGCCGUAGGAGAAGCCCAGUAAUUGCCUCAAGUAAACUGCGUCGGGUUAUCAGUCCGGAACCAACUGUCACAACAUUAUCUCCAACUCAAACUGUAACAACGCCAAUCACAUCACUUUUUGGAAGUACAACAAUAGUUACACCAAUCAGUACACAACAACAGUGUAAUGGGCGUGUUAUUCUCAGUGAUAAACUCCAGUUUCAUAGCUGUGACUUGUGUCGGGAAUUCUUCGUAGCAGUUGAAGACUUUAAUGCGCAUAACGAAAGAUUUCAUAGAAUUGAAAUACUAGACGAUGAUGGUGAUGAUGAUAGUCGUGAUAAUUCUGAUGACAUCCCAGCGUCGGUUGAAUGCAGUUCAUCGUCAAAUAAAAGUAAUAAUAAUAAUUAUAGUAAUACAACGCCUAGCAUCACUCCUAUCACAACUAGCAAUCAAUCUUCCCAGUCAACCUCUUCCGCUUCAUCAAUGAACUCAGAAGUAUCAGAUGGGACAAAGUCUAGAUCAACUUCUAAUUCACAUAGAAUACUGAUUAUGGACUCCUCUCUUAAUGAACAAUCAAUGUGUAAAAGUGUUCCGUCUAGAAAUAACAUUGGAAGCAAUCAUUCUGAGAAACUAUCUACUAACGAUGAAGAUAAUAUCAACAAGAGUCAUAGACAUGUUGUAGUUGACGAAAUAAAUAUUAACGAUGAUGUUGAUGGUGCUGACUGCAGGAAUGCUGAUAAUACAACAGAAGGACAACGUGGAUUACAGACGACUACGGCUCCGGACAUCGUUGAUGAUGAGGAUGAUUUUGAUGAUGACGAAUUUGUAUGUCCAAUGUGUGAGUUUCACAGUAAACAGCGCAGUGAUAUAAUGCAACAUAUUGUAGAUUAUCAUGAAAACGCAUACUUUGGCUAGUCCUACGCCUACUACUAUUUUUAUUUUUAUUAUUACUGAUUAUAUUUUUGUGAGCACUGUUAAUUGCUACAAACUGGUUGUUUUUGUAUUUUAUUUCAAAUAGUGGAAAAAUGAUUGAGUGGUAUCAAUCAAUUAUUGAUUCUAAUGAAUGAGUGAAUAAUCGAUUAUUUAUUCUGCCUUCUUUUAUCAUAACGAUAAUCUAUUCAAUUUUUCAGAGUUGAUGAUCGCUCGUUCUUAUUUAUUUGUGUAUAUUGUGUAUUAACAUAUAUAUUUUGUGAAAUGUAUAUUUUUAAAUCUCCUUGGCGGCGGCGGGGGGAGGUUAUUUAUUGUUAUAAACGAAAGUAUUUUAUAAUUCCCCCAUAAUUUUAUACUAUUUUUCAUUAUUAAGCAUUGUUGAUAUCAUUAUCAUUGAUUACUUAUGAAUAAUUUUUUUAGAUUUCUUUUACACGGUUAUUAUAUAUACAUAUAUUUCACCAAGGUGUCUUUUACUGUAUUAUAUAAAUCAUUAUAAUAUGUAUCUGUUGUGAUUCGGAAGUGAGCAGUUGGCAGGCUAGUGUCAUACACAUCCAUGAUACUUCACUCUAACAGAUGCUUGCAACAACAACAACUGAAAUUCAUUCAGUCUGUCUAGUGUAUCUUAAUUAUAAUCACACGAAUUCGAAUCUUGCGUUUAAUAGUUCUCUUUGUUCUCCCCUAUUCGUCGUUGUUGGGGUAGUAGAAUUUUCUAGAUAUCUGGCUAGACAGAUGUUGAAUCUAAUAUAAGUAUAAAACUUGGGCACUGUGGUAAAGUAUAAUUCCAUCAUAGAUAAGAUUUUAUUUUGAUAAAUCGCACAGUGUUUACAG